UAUUGUUAAUGAAUAAUGGUGGAAGAUCUUCCUAGUUCUAAUAAGUUACCGUGGUUUAGAUAUUUUGUGAAAGUAGCGAGGAGUCAGGAGGAGCCGGGGAAAGGAUCAUUUUGGAGAAUAGAUCCGGGAUCUGAGACUAAACUAGUCGAGCAGGCGUUUCGUCGGCGACGUCAGCGUGGUGUUCCUUGCUUCCGGACUCCGUACCUAAGUUCUAGCCGCAGUGCCCCGGUCAGUCCGCAGCACGGUGGACUUAGUGUGUCCGGACUCAUGACACCAGAAUCAUUAUCCAGGGAACCUAGUCCCUUACCACAGGAGAUUGUAUACAGAACUGGCAGUCCUAAAGACCAGAUUACAACUAUAGAGGUCAAAGUAUCUCAAGCCGGGGCUGGAGGUAGGAAUAUUUAUUUUAUUUGUCUUAAUAAUCAGGAAAGUUUAUAA